CUUCUUCCCACACUUUUUCGCCCUCUUCUUGUCUUACACUCACUCAUUCAGUCAACCCACUAGAACCUUUCGGAAAGCGCUCUUGCUUGACAAUUCCUCUUCUCACUCACAAUGAGCGCCCGCACCGUCACUAUUCGGGCGUGGACCACCCUGCGAGCAUGCCCUCAGCAAACCAAAGUGCGGGCAUAUUCAGCAGCGGUUGAACCGUCACCGAUCAAAGUACAGCAUUACCCUGCGCCUCAUUCCGGCAACAUUCGAGUUCUGCUACUGGAUCGCCCUGAGGCGCGUAAUGCUUUGUCGAGACGGCUGAUUGCAGAUUUGAGACGCCAUGUCGACGAGAUUCAGGCUGAAGGUGGAAGAGGCGGCACCCGAGCCUUGAUCAUUGCUUCAAACACAGAUAAAGCCUUCUGUGCUGGUGCUGAUUUAAGGGAGCGGAAAGGAAUGACACAAUCAGAGACUCGAGAAUUUCUCUUGAAUAUGAGAAACACCUUUACGGAUCUGUCGAAACUGCCUAUCCCUACAAUCACAGCGAUCUCGUCGGUUGCGUUAGGAGGUGGGUUGGAGCUUGGUUUAUGUACCACUAUGCGCGUCUUUGGAUCUGGCGUCACAGUCGGUCAGCCCGAAACGAAGUUGGCCAUCAUCCCAGGUGCUGGUGGUACAUACCGACUGCCUGCAUUGAUUGGGCUCAAUCGAGCACGGGACAUGAUCAUCACCGGAAGACGUGUUUCUGGAGCCGAGGCAUACUUCCUGGGCCUCUGUAAUCGACUGGUGGAGAUCCUGCCAGAGGAGGAGAAAGAGGAGGGCAAGGCUCGGGCCAAAGUCCUCGAGGCUAGUUUACAAUUGGCCAACGAUAUAUGUGAAGGUGGUCCGAUUGCUCUGACACAAGCUAUGCGCGCGGUUGAAGGUUGGCAAAGAGGUGAGGCUUCCGAAAACGAAGCCUACGAAGUGGUCUUGGAAACAGAAGACCGUCUGGAAGCUCUCAAGGCCUUUUCAGAAAAGCGAAAACCCGCCUUCAAGGGCAGGUGAAAUUUGUCAGAGAACUCUAGUCGAAAGGGUCUAAUGAUUUCUGAAACAUGUUGGCCAUUGGUUUGGGAGCUUGCUUGCAGGAUUCUACAUCCUCCACGACCGUCUCUGAGUGUCAUGACAAAGCCUGUCCGGCUACAAGGAUCGUGGUUCAUCUGUCUCAGUGACAACCUCAGUCAUCCUCGAGCUCGGAGUGGGCACUUUCAACCUCGCUUGCAUACUCCUCCUCGGCCUCUUUCAACCUCUCGAAAUCGCUACUGGAGGCAUCCGAAUCUGCAGCUGCAGCCCUGGCCUCUUCAAGAUCCUCGCGAGCUUCUUGCAGGGAAGAACGUUGACUUGAUGAGAGAUUUUGGUUGAACUCCAGGGGCGGCUCUGCUGGGGGAGGAGGUCCAGGCGGAGGGGCGCCGUAGCCAUAGCCACCUCCGUAUCCAGGGUCGUAUGCUGGUUGUGGAGGUGGGGCGGCGGCGGCUUGAUGAUGGCUACCAUCAUCUGAUAAGGCAGCACCUGCUAGAGCACCGAUGG